GUCUGCCGGGUGGAAGUGCGCAAAGUGCUGGUUCGGCGGACUUUAUUACUUUAAAGCAAGUGGAUUCUCCGGAGGAGGGUGUCAUGAAGGGAUUAGGAGCGUUCGGUCGUGCCGUGUUUCUCCAAGGCAGCGGUUACAGGACUGUAGCCGAGUUUAUGGCCGUUCUCCCGACGGAAACCUCUCACCUGAUGCCUGCCUUCUGGGACUCCCCGCUCAGUCACAGCAUCAAUGUGUUCGUCGGACUGGUACUUUGCUUCACUAUGUUGGGGCUGGGCUGCACGGUGGAGAUCAGCCAGCUCGGACAACAUAUCCGCCGACCCAUCGGGGUGCUGCUGGCUCUGGUGUGUCAGUUUGUUAUCAUGCCACUAGUGGCUUUUCUUUUGGCGCUAGCCUUUUCUUUGGAUGAUGUGGCGGCGAUGGCCGUGCUCCUCUGUGGCUGCUGUCCUGGAGGAAACUUGUCAAAUAUUAUGUCUCUGCUUGUGCACGGAGAGAUGAACCUAAGCAUCAUCAUGACCAUAUCCUCCACUCUGCUGGCGCUCGUUUUGAUGCCGCUCUGCCUCUGGAUCUACAGUCGAGCCUGGAUCAACACCCCUGUGGUUAACCUCCUGCCCUUUGGGGCCAUCAUACUGACACUUUGCAGCACCCUCAUCCCCAUUGGGUUUGGAGUUAUGCUUAGGUACCGCUACACGCGAGUGGCGGAUAUUGUUUUAAAGGCUUCUCUGUGGUCUUUGUUGUUCACCCUCGUGUUACUCUUCAUCCUGACUGGAGCAAUGCUGGGGCCAGAGCUGCUCUCCACCAUCCCGCCUUCUGUCUACGUGGUGGCUGUGCUGAUGCCUCUGUGCGGUUACGCUGCAGGUUACGGGCUGGCAGUGCUUUUUGAAUUGCCCCCCAACAGUCGCAGGGCCGUGUCUCUGGAGACGGGCUGCCAGAAUGUGCAGCUGUGUACGGCUAUCCUGAAGCUGGCCUUCCCUCCUCAGCUGAUGGGGGGGAUGUACAUGUUUCCCCUGCUCUACGCCCUGUUCCAAGCAGCCGAGGCUGGGAUUUUCAUCCUGGCCUACAGGAUGUACAGGAGGGAGGUCCUCCAUAAACCAGAUCCCAUGGUGGACGGUGAGGACACGGACAUAAAUUAUCAAAGGUUUGAAGACGAGGACUUUGAACCGUCAUAUGGUGCGGUGACAGUGAGCGACCCAAACACCAUCAUGCUGGAUCCUUGUCCUCCUGAUCCAACUCCAGUGUAAUCCGCAUAAAAAUAAUAAUUAACCCCCCCCGCUGCUCCACUAUGGAGGGCCAAAACUGCCAACUUGAAAAAAAGAAAGAAAA